AUGAAGAAUUUUAAAGAUGAAUUUACAACUUGGAAUGAUAUUCAAUAUAAUAAUUCUUCAAUUUCGACAAUAAAAUUAUUUUCAGAAUUGGCUAAAUAUUUGUUUUCAGAAAUUUAUACCAUUCAUUACAAAGAACCUUUUACUGAAACAAAAAAAUAUAGUUUAGAAAGCCUUUUAGAAGAUAUUGCUAAAUCUUCUAUUUUAGAAAUUUGGCAAAUUAAAUAUGCAUUUUCAGAAAACACUUUUAGACUUCUAAGAGUCUCAAACAAUGCAAAAUUUAAUAUGGCUUUAAUUGCAAAUAAAUGGUAUAAAGAUGAAAUCAGCAAUAAUAUUGAAAUUAAUCAUAAUUCAAGCACAUGUAAUUUUAGUUAUAUUCAACAAAUUUAG